UGCAAGACGCCGAUAUUGCGUUACAUUGUAGCAAAAUGGCGGCUGUCAUUCAGAAUCCACUGAAAGCGUUGGGCGACCAGUUCUAUAAGGACGCCAUUGAGCAGUGCCGCAGCUACAAUGCCCGCCUGUGUGCCGAACGCAGCGUCCGCCUGCCAUUCCUGGACUCUCAGACUGGCGUGGCCCAGAACAACUGCUACAUCUGGAUGGAGCGCCACCACCGAAGCCCUGGUGUUGCAGCGGGGCAGAUGUACACAUACCCCGCCCGCUGCUGGAGGAAGAAGAGGCGGCUCCACAACACCACGGACCCCCGCCUGGGCAUCUACGGCCUUCAGCUCGAUGGUGGCCUUAUGUCCAGAGACACUUUGCCCACCCAGGGCACCACACUGGAGGCUCUUCUGCGAGGAGAAGGUCUGGACAAGAGGAACAACUCCAAGAAUGAUGAGGAGAGCCUGCUAGAGAUCCAGAGAGUUCUGGAAGCAGAUGCAGCAGAAGAUGCUUUCAAUGACGACGAUGACUACGAGGUGGACACUCCUAAGCGGAGACAUCGAGGAAAGGGAAGAGGCAGGGGUUCAGGCCGCAGGAGGACAGAUCUGGAUGAUGAUAAGCCAUAUGUCUGUGACAACAGAUACAAACAAAAGCAGAACUCAAAGACUUUGACCUCAGUCUGUACAAAGCGAUACAGGAACCGCACAGGACUCAGUUACCACUACACUCAUUCCCACCUGGCAGAGGAGGACAGAACCGGGGAGAGAAGCACGGUGGCAUCCCGCUCCCCCACUGCACCACAGACUGACCGGCACAAACGUCCAAAGGUUUCUGGUGGAACCACCAUUCCCAACAACUACUGUAAUAAAUGCCAUGGUGCAAACAGAAAAACGGGUAAAUCUGGCUCUCCCUGCGCAGCCUGCCAAUGCACAACUGGUGGUGGGGAGGAGAAGGAAGAUGGCACAUUCGCAGCAGCCGAGGAGCUGUUUGGCACCACCUCAGAGAGCGACACCUCCACCUUUCACGGUUUUGAGGACGACGACCUUGAAGAACCGGCCGCAAAUAGCAACGGGAUAUCCAGCCGCCACAGAUAGACUUGUUAGAUUUCAACUGACUCUUUUUUCAAAUAUAUAUAUGGAUUACUCUCCGGCAAAAAUCAGCUGCUUCUUCAAAUUUUUGUUCUUGGUUUUGUUUUCAGAAAGCACAAAGUGAGAGUUUCCGGACAGAAAUUCAAGUGGUAUUUUAUCUACUGAACAUUGUUGAAUAAUUUAUGGAGACAUUUUUUUAUAUAUAUUAAUAAAGGGUAUAAAUGGACCUUUAAUGCAACAAACUAUCAAUAUUUCCUAAAAAAAACUGUGUAAAACAGAAGAUGCUCUUGGUAUGCUUUUUAAAGAUUUUCUUCCCUUCCCAACGUUGGUAGAAGAAGCCAAAAGCUAUGAACAAAUGCAAACACUGGAGAAAUUAGAGACGGUGAAAUUUUAAAGUGAUGAGUUUGGUUGGUGAUCAAUUUUCUUUGAGGACGAUACUUGCAAUCGAAGAUCUUCUGGGACUUUGAAGACGUCUUCUUCUAUGCUCAUUCUGGGUUGAAUGUGUGAAAGUGAAGGAACUAAGGAAAAUUACAAGCCACUGGAAAUAUUGGAAUAUGAAAGUCUUUUCUUAUUUUCACAGAAAGGGACAUAAAAAAUUAAAGGAGCAGUGAGCACAUUGCCAUGUUGCCCUGGGAUCAGGGGAUGACCAGUGAAGCAGAGGAUUUAACCCUCAGAAACUAUUGAGCCUCCUCGUCUGUCCUGAUCUGGACGUGCGACUGAAGCUGCCUUCCAUGAGCAGCGUGGCUUAAUUCAAGCAACUGCUCCCCUGAUAUUAUGUAUGGAACCCCUUUGAAACAUUUGAAAUGUGAGCAUCCGGCCUCAUUUUCUCCUAUCUGCACUGUGCUGGGAGCUCCUGUCUGAACUAUGGGAACACUAAAGGCCAGGCCUUUGGAUGGGUUGUACCUGACCGGCCCACGGAGGCGACCCGGCUGACCCUCCUGCUCUGUGACCGUGUGUCUGCCCUGAUACAAGAAGACGCCAUCAUCCUGAACACUGUGCUAGCCUGCCGCUCUGCAUUGAAAGCCAGCUUUGAUAGCCAUGACUCCUCCAACCUGAUCGGACCAGUGACCUACCACCUGACCCCUUUGCUGACCUGCAGCCAUAGAGCCGGUGCUCAAAUUCACCUCUAUUACAUGCAGACCUCUGAACUAUGUAAUUCUCUUACUUUGACAAUUUUUCUUUUCCUGAUUUAGUCUGUUUCUCAAGUUGAUCUUUAACAAAUCACAGCAAUCCUUCUCACUGUUUUGCAUUCUUUCUCUGCUGUACUAAGAUUUUCUUCAUUUCUGUCUGUCUUUACUGAAACCUCUGUCUGAUCAGGUGCACAAUACUCACAGCUACUCAGGCAUCUUUUUGUUUCCUGGUGAUUGUUUAGCUUCUUAGCUCAGAUCAGUGAUUGUAUUCGGCUGACGAGGAGAGACGGCAACACCCGCACUUCGAUUUUCCUCUUUUUUUUCCUAAUUUUUAAUCAACAUCUGCAAAGGAUUCUGGGAGGCAGCAGUCGGAUGCCACACCUGCAAUAACAAGCUUUACUUGUUUGCUGAUUUUCUUUGAACUUCUAUGUGUUUCAUAUGUAAAGCUUAAAUAGAAAAACUCCUUUUUGGCUGAAAAUGUUCACACCCUAAAUGAGAGUUGAAAUUACAUAAGUAGUUUGUGAGGGCCUGAUUUCUUUCUGACAUUUAAAAGGUGCUUCCUGUACUGUAUCAAGAAGCUAUUGGGUCCAAAGGUUGCACAUACUGUUGUAGAGGUGUGUGUGAAAAUUCAGCACCGCUGCUCCAUUGUUCCUGUAUGUCUGUUAGGACUUGUUUGUGCAUUCAAAUCAUCUCUCCUUGCUUCCCUCAGGGACCCCCCCUUUAUUCACCCAACUUUUUUUUUUUUUUACCUCUUAAUCUCUGCUGGACAAAAAAUGCUUCUGCAACGUAUCCGUUAUCUUGUCUUCCCUUAUAACAGUUAUGUAAUGUUUCCGUUUGAUCAUGGGGUCAUUGUGUCUUAUCUUCCAAAGUCACACCACUAAGUGAAAGAUGUGUGUCCUAACCUGCUAAAUGUUGCAAAUACUAACAGGUGAAGUGCUAGCAUCUCUAAACAAGAAGCUAAAAAUAUAAAUAUCUGCUUAAAAUAAAGCGUCACCUUUUUAUUAAAGAGCCGGUAUACCUCGUCACAGACACAGCAAUAGGCCCUGAAGCUCCUUGAGAAGCCUGCCCAGGGAGGGAGUUUGAGAGGAGGAGGAUCUGGGUGCAAAUGGAGCCAUGAAGAGAUGAAAUGGACACGACCGGGUGUUGCUUUUGUUCCUGUUGGUUUUUUUUCUGCUGUAAAUAGAAGUCAAAAAGGAGAGAAUGAAGAAGUGUUUGUUUGGUAAACUAUUUUUAUUGUUCUGAAAAAAUAAAUACAAAAUAAGGAA